AGAGAAGCUGGCCGCAUUCCACGCACCAUCGAGAUCGAGUUGACCUCCGACCUCGUCGACUCUUGCGUCCCCGGAGACAUGGUUACCGUGACUGCCGUCGUCAAGGCAACCGGCACAAACGAAGCUGGAGAAUGCAGUGCAAUCCACCCUAGGAAGUUACUGUCGAUAAUGGAGUGGCCACGCAACCAAACUUACAGAGAUGUAGCUACAAUUUUGCCUUAAUUGCGAUGGGUUCUCACUAAAAUUUGCUACCACCAUUUGCUUUGUACUAUGCUGGUGAAAGGUCACGGAAGGCAGAGCA